AUCGCUAGAUUUCCAUCUCUCUCUCUCUCUCUCUCUCUCUCUCUCUCUCUCUCUCUCUCUCUCUCUCUCUCUCUCUCUCUCAGAACACAAAACACCAAUGUGCGAUGUCGUGGUCCCCGAAGUGGUGCUGAGCACAGGCGAGAGGAUGCCGCUGAUCGGGAUGGGCGGGGCAGCGAGCCCUCUGCCACCGCUCGACGUGCUGACAUCCAUAUUCCUUGAGGCAAUCGAAGCGGGGUACCGCCACUUUGACACGGCUGCAUCCUACGGCUCCGAAGAGGCGCUCGGCCGGGCCAUAGCCAAGGCUCUGGAACGCGGGCUCGUCAAGAUUCGCAGCGACAUCUUCAUCACCACCAAGCUCUGGUGCACUGACGCUCAUCCGGGUCUUGUUCUUCCCGCUCUCAAGAAGUCUCUCCAGAGGCUGGGGUUAGAGUAUGUGGAUCUGUAUCUAAUCCACUUCCCAGCGAGAUUGAAGGAAGGAAAUGAGGGUUGGUUUGAUAUCAAGGGCAAAAUUUUGCCAUUUGACAUGAAAGGGACAUGGGAGGCCAUGGAAGAGUGCUCCAAGCUGGGGUUGGCCAAGUCCAUUGGAGUCAGCAACUUUGGCGCAAAGAAGCUCUCUCAAAUCCUCAUGCAUGCCGCAAUUCCUCCUGCUGUUAACCAGGUGGAGAUGAAUGUGGGAUGGCAACAAGAGAAGCUAAGGGCGUACUGCAGAGAGAAGGGAAUACAUGUGAGUGCGUGGUCUCCAUUGGGCGCGAAUGGAGCUUCGUGGGGUUCAUUAGCGGUUGUGGAGAGUCCUGUGCUCAAGGAGAUCGCCAUCGCUAGAGGAAAGACGGUGGCCCAGGUUGCAUUGAGGUGGAUAUACGAGCGAGGGGCAAGCGCGAUAGUGAAGAGCUUCAACAAAGAGAGAAUGAAAGAGAACCUGCAUAUCUUGGAUUGGGGACUUAGCCAGGAAGAUUCGGACAAGAUCAAGCUUCAGAUUCCACAGAAAAGAGGAUGUCCUUGUUACACGUUCAUUUCUGAGGAUGGGCCUUACAAAUCAUUGGAUGAGCUUUGGGAUGGUGAUGCUUGAAUACCUACAUUUUGUAGUUUAUAUGAUCAAGGGUAACUCUAAGAUGAUCUCUUGUCAAUGGUAAUCAAUCUAUAUGAAUUGAACCUUGUGUUUUCAUUAUCACAAUCUCUUCUUUUGGACUUA